CAUACGCCUAUAUAUAUAUGGCAACUACAUAUCUCUUAAUACUUAAUCAACCCAAUCAUUCAGUCAUUCUCUUGAAUCAAACAUGUCUCACAUUAGAAAGCUUGUGUGGAGCAAGUUAAGAUCAAGCUUCAAAGGAUCAGGAUCAGGUAGAUCUCGGGAGAAACUUGUCGGUAGCUUGGAAAGCAAGUUAACAGUCAAUGAAGAAUACGUGCAAGCAUUCAGAACCAAGUCCUACAUUGAAAUGUGGGGCAAAGUUCAAGGCCAAAUCAGAAAAACAAGCGUUGAUGGCAUUGACGGGCUCUCAACAUCAUCUCCUCAUCCUUUCUAUCAACAUCUCUCCGAAUGUGUCCUCGAACCGCGCCAAGAAACCCUAAUAGAGAUGAUUAAAAACUCAAAAUUCCAUCGCCUUCUCAUCGAUUACUUCGAAGCAAGCCUGGAAGCAUGUAAUGUAUGUGAAUUGCUCCUCCGAAGCAUCCAUCAAGCGCGUACAAAUCACCGAAGAAUAAAAAAGGUUGUGAAGUUAUGUAGAAAGGCCGAAGAAUCUAGUAAAACGGAUGAUUCCUCAUCACAGGUGUUGAGCCAGAUGGUUACAGAAUCAAUAGUCAGAGAACUUACAGCAUUUGCAUUGCUGAAGAAUCCAUUAUCGUACAUUAGUCCGGUCCAGUUUCGCAAAAUUCACGACAAUGAUCUCCAAUUGCUACAUAGAUUGACAUCAAAAGAGAAGAAGAUGAGAAGGAGAGUGAAGUUGAAUAGAAUCUGCAAGAAAAUUGGUGGGUUUAGUCUUAUAUUUGCUGAUAUUGCACUCUUGAUUGCCUUAAUAGUACUUUCUCUACAUAGCAUAAUUGGAAUUGUUGCAGCUCCUGGACUAAUAGCUUGCUAUUUGAGUUCCCUGAAGAGUGUCAAAAACAAGGUGGUUUGUGAUCAAAGGAGUAAGACAAGCUUGCUCGAAUGCUUCGCGGCGCAGCUUGACAUGGCAGCUAAAGGGAUCUUCAUACUAAUCAAUGAUUUUGAUACGAUGAGUCGGUUGGCGAGGAGAUUACACGAUGAAAUCGAGCAUUGCAGAGAUGUUGCUGAUUUGUGUGUUAAGAAUGGAAAGGGCGAGAUACUGAAGGAGGUUGUGAGAGAGUUUCAGAUACACCAGUCUUGCUUCUUGGAGCAGUCACAAGAGCUUGAAGAGCAUGUUUACUUGUGUUUUAACACCAUAAAUAGAUCCAGAAGGCUUGUUAUACAGGAAGUAAUGGUUGCACAACAGUAAGUGACACUCUUCUAAAGGUCCCAUCAAUCCGAACUCAGGGCGUGCCUGAAUCUUCAAGGACCCAGGGUGAAUUCUAAAAAAGAGGUCCUCUUAAAAAAAUUAAAUAUCAUAAGUUAUUUAAAUGGAUUUGGGAUACUAUAAAAUUGAUAUUUUUUAAAAAAAUAUGGGGCUCGAGGAUUCACGGGCCCUGGGCGGCAAUCCAUAUUGUCCACCCUGAACGCCCCCGUCGAAACCAUGUUAUUAAGGUUUGAUUUGGCAAGUGAUAGCCUUGCAAGUUUUGUUUAUCUAGCCAUGGUCCAUAGCAAUGUCAGGGCAACAAUUUUAUACGAACAUAAAAAUGUUGGGCACCCAUUGAGUGCAUCACUUUGUUUUGUUAA